AUCAGCCGAGACUCGACGGCGACACUGGAUUGCAGAGCGGAGCUCGCUUCUAGAUCUCUGGCCUUACCGAUAAUUCCGGUUGGCUUACGGUCUGAAGCCUUCUCUGCCACGCAUCAAAGCUCGCAUUUCUAAUUGCGAGCCUUGGAAAGCAGACAAUUCAGAUCAGACAGAAUCGAUUGUUCCAUCGCAUUCGGAUUCAGUGUCUAAGCAUCCUAAUGCAUCCACGCUAAUUUUAUCAAUCGUACACCCGCGAAGGGUGGCCGGCCUGCACGUCGGUUGGUCCGGGACCCACGCUGUACGGCUGCUGCGAGCGUCAGGGUCAUGAGAAGCAACGAAAACGAGGUUGCGAGCGUGAAAUCUGGUGAUAGCAGCGAAAUGGGCCGCGAGUAUGGCCGACCGUCGAUGCCGUGGCGUCUGUCUGGCCCGUGGCUCAGCGGCCUGGCAGCAGUAUCCUAUGGGCUGGCGUCGAUGGCAAUGGUGUUUCUCAACAAGGGCGUGCUCACGUACUACAAGUUCAGCAUCACGCUGCUAGCACUGCAGAUGAUAGCCACAACGGCGCUAAUUUAUCUGGGGGGCAAGCUCGAAUGGUUGGUGAUGCGGCCCUUCUCUACUGCCACGGCUCGUCGCCUGCUGCCGCUCUCCUUCUUCUACAAUGCCAAUGUCGCCUUCGCUCUAGCCAGCCUGCAAGGGGUCAACAUCCCCAUGUACAUUGCGCUCAAGAGACUCACGCCCAUGGCUGUGCUUGUAACGGGGUUCUUCACUGGCAAGUCCAAGCCGCCACUGCAGGUCACCCUCUCAACGUCCCUCAUCACCUUCGGCUGCCUCAUAGCAGCGCUGGGCGACUUCUCUUUUGACUUCUACGCGUACGCGCUCGCCCUCACGUCGGUGCUUUGCCAGACCUUCUACCUGCUGCUGGUGGAGAAGUCCGGCGCAGAGCAGGGCAUGUCAUCCUUUGAGCUCAUGUUCUACAAUGCCCUGCUCUCGCUGCCCUUCCUUGGUGCCAUCCUACUGUGCACGAACGAAUUGCCGCACUCCAUCCCCCUGCUCUUUACAAAGUGUGCUGCGUCUUGGUCGUUUACAGUGGCGGUUAUCACAUCCCUAGUGAUGGCGAUAGUCCUCAACUACACCAUGUUCCUCUGCACCAUGGUCAACUCCGCUCUCACCACCACCAUAGUUGGUGUGCUCAAGGGCGUAUUCACCACGAUCUUUGGAUUCUUCUUCCUUGGAGGAGUGAAAUUCCAGUUACUGAAUGUAACGGGUCUGGCUAUCAACUCGGCCGGCGGUGUCUGGUACUCCAUUGCCAAGUACCGGCAAAAGCAGGCAAAGGUCCCCUCGUCGCCCGUUCUCCCGACCACUCAUCUAGACCGAAGCUCUGACUCACAAGAAACGGACCUUCUCAUAGAACCUUCUGGGAAGGAGAUAGGUGAUCGUGAUGAGCCCCCUGUUUCAUUUGUUGAGCCUCCAAAGCCACUGUAGAGGUGCAUGACAGUCAUGUCAUCCUUGCACAGGUGCUCUUUGCUGUAACAGUUUCUGGUACUCUAAAUUUUUGUGGGAAGCAAAACAAUGAACAUACAUACAGCUC